CCGAGUCUCCAGCGCCAAAGUCGAACAGCGUCGUUCGUCCUCGGCGCUGAAACGGCUCAGUCCGGCCGGUCGGGCUGUAGAGUAACAGGGCGGUAGUGCAACGUCUCCGUUACCGACGAUUUAACAAGAAUAUACAGGUCAGAGGCAGUCGGUUACCCAGCGAAAUGGAUCCGGUAAUGCGAAGGAAAAUGAACACUAAAAAGGAUAAAGAGAACACUGAACCAGCAACGGGAGGCAAUAAAUCAACAACCCAGCCGGUGCUUAAAAACAGGAAAGCAGGUGUGGCGGCAGGCGGCCUGGCCAAAGCCAGUAAGAAAAAUGAGACAGCCACCCUCGGGGCCACCAAGACCCUGACUGAGCAGCAGAAUGAGCCGAGGGCGGGGCCAGCAGCUCAGCCGUCCAAUGAGAAGCGCCAAACCAUCAGCCAAGCCUUCCUUUCCCAGCAAGCAGUGCAGCAGAAGAAGCUGGUUGCAGAGGUUGCCAAGCCCCAUGCUGUCGGCCCACCCAAGUCCAUCCCAGGCACCUACAAAGGCCGGGUGGUUCAGUCGAAGGUGAGCUCCUUUUGGAAGCUAGCGGGUGGCGACAGUGAGGCAGCGGCUAAAGUUCCUGCAAAGCCGGUGGCAGCAAAGGCAGGGAUCACAAAGUCAGGGAAUCUGACCAGGGGGAGAGCGAUGUCCACGGCUGCUGCAGCGCCCUCAAAGCCCCAAGUGCAGAAGAUGGCUCUGCCCCCCAGAUCCAAAUCGGUACCACACAAGCCACCUCAACCCCCAGCCAACAAGAACGCAGGGAACACGAUUCCAAAGUCAACUGCCCCCAAACCUCAGCGACCAGCCCCUGGCCUAGAGUCCUUAUUGAAGGGGCCGGCUGUAGGUGCCCUGGCCAGACCAGGGUCCAGAAAGGCGCCCGGCACUCUGAGAAGGAAGGAGCCAAUUCUGAGUGUCAAACCCAGGCCUCUAGGGGUGGCAGCAACAGAGAAGAAAGCCCCAAAGCCUCCAACUGCCAGCAGCACGAGUCAGUACCGGGUUACUAUGGAAACCGCGGAGGAGAGAAGGGCCAAGCUCUCAGUGUGGCUGGCCGCCAAGGGGAAGACUCUGAGAAGGCCCCCGGCUGCGGCUGCCACCGCCAAUUUGAGACCUGCAUCCAAACCGCACCCAAAGCCCAGAGCUGGCUCCCAGCCCCAGGCUGUUGCGGGAAAGCAGGAUUCGAACCUGCAACCUCAGCCUAUGGCCCAGCCUGGAUUGGACCUCAUACCUUCCAGGGAAUCUGUGUUUGGCCUCGGGUCAGAACCCGAGAGAACGGCCUCACCCAAGCCAGACCUGCUGAACACUACUUUGGACUUGCUGGACAACUCGGACUUAGAGCUGCCCGAGGACCCGGAAGUCCGAAUGGAUGAUCUGGUGAUUAAUCUCUGCACUGCAUUGGAGGCCAUGGAUGUGGCUUCAGCGUCCGAUGCGAAUUCAGGAGACCGUGGGAACAGUGAGAAGGAAGUCGAAGGGGAUAAAUUGGACGAGAUGGAGGGGGACAGAGAGGAGGAGGACAACCCAGUGAAGGAGGAGUGUGAAGAGGAGCUGGAGCACGAUGAGGAAGGUGUGAAGGAGUUGGAGGGAGCGUCAGUGGUGAGAUACAGCGUGAGGACCACACCCUACCUGCAGAGUGUGAGGAGGAGGAUCCAGCAGGACGCAACUCCGGGCAGCGCCCCCCGCCGCCACAGCACCAUCAAGGAUCUGAAGUUCCUGACGCCGGUCCGUCGCUCGUGCCGAAUCCAGCGGCAGUCUGCGCGGCUUCCGGCCCUGCUAGCGGAGCACGACCCCUGCGUGGCCUCUCUCGCCGAGCUGGCGCAGCUGGACGACGUCGUUGGGGACGUUAGUGCCUACAUUUACCGCCACAACCCCGCCCUGCCAUACCAGCCCAAAGAGGCGGGCCUCUGAGAGCAGGGGCCAAUCAGAGCCCGGCUUUGGUGUGAGUGGCUUCUGGUGUCAUGGAUGCACUAUAUUUAACAAUUGUGCCAUAUUUACUCGCCACGUUUUUAUUUAUUUUUCUCAUCCUGCUGCAGUUCCAAGCAGGACCGAUGGUUAAACAGAGGCUUCUUAAACAGGGGUUAUCCAGGGGUGCAGAUAAUUGGUACGCAAGUACACAUUCACCUUUAAGAACGAUUUGUGCAACAAUCAAUUGUUUGUAAAAGCGCAAAUGCGUACUUUUUUUCAAACAAUCAAUUGCCGCAAGUAUCGUCCUUAAAGGUGAAUGCGUACUUCCGUAUCAGUUCUCUGCACCCCUGUUCAUAACCCACUUUGGGGGUGCUUGGUGCUCAGUGUUUUAAGCCAUUUCCGAUUGGCUUAUAUGGCAGUGAUUGACAGGUGCCCAGUUAGCCCCUCCCCCCACUGUGGGUGCCAGGCUUCUGUUCCUGUUACAAAGGUCACCAACGGCUGCCAUGAGUAAGUGGCCUGAGUCUUUGGUCCUUUUAAGUGACAGGCUGGAGGAUGCUGGGGGUUAGGGGGGAAAUCUACUUAACUGCACUAAUGUACAGUAUAUUAAAAUGGGCCUUAAGCUUGUACUAAACUGCUUCAUGCAGAUACACUGCUAGCUGCAGUCUUGCUUCUGUUAGAGCUCAUAGUACCGUGUGAAACGGUGUCCUGUUUACCCUGAUUCAGCCUGUGGUUCUGUUCUGCUUGUUCCUCAUGUGAGUACUGGGUGUUUCUAGUGUGGUAAAUUCUGACUAAAUAUUCAGGCUGACACUGUUUCAAGUGUGACAAAGUGCCGUAGUUUAUUGCUUUGUUGUAAAAGAAAUCAGUAAAAUACAUUGGCAUGGAAGGAAUUUGUACAUUGAUUAUUUUAAAAAAUAAAAUGCUGAAAUAAA